AUGGCUUUCGAUUGCUACUGCGCAAUCUGCGGUGUUGGUUUCUGUGGCAUGCACAUCGAGGCGCCGUCGGAGACGGCCCUCGAGCGCCGCAGGCGGUGGAUCGAAAAGCGAUGCCGGGCGCUGCAAGCCGGCGAAGACUUCAGGCAGGUGUCGCACGAGGGAGAGGAAAAUGAGGAGCCCGUCCGCAGCUACGACCCUCGCAUCGUGGGCUGGGACAAUAUUUCCUGGUUGUAUAAGGCACACUGCCUGGGUGUGGAUGAAAAUGCCAAAUCGGGUGCGCCAAAAGCGUUUCUCUCGGAUGAAGGAUAUUAUGCCGAUAUUGGCGAGUUUGUCGUCAAGGCCAAAUCUGAUGGUUCCCGGUCGCGCUCUCAGCGCGUUUAUUCAUGCUAUGGCCAUGGCUCGGAGGAAGCGCCCGGUCCUGUCUUACCGUUCCACUGGGGCUGUUUUGAAAUCUUGACUCGCGCACUGACGGGGACGACUGACACUAAAAACGUCAACCUGGACGUGUUGUACAAUAUCAUGACGCCGUUGUGCAACAUGUCCGGGUCUGCCCUGCAAUUGAACUACGGAGACGACAUCCAGCGCUCGCAAGGCCGCUACUGGGAAUGUAUCCCGGGCGCAGAGGCAAGCAUAUCUUCGCCGAGCUCUGUCUAA